CGCAAUGUUUACCUUUUUUCCGCUCGAACAACUCGCAGGUUCUCUCCUCCAUCACCCCGUCAUCGUCACCCGAAUCCGCGCACCGCGUUUUUUGCUUUCUUGCUUUAUUUUUGGGUCGCGCUCGCCGUCGUCGUCGUCGAUUCUCUCUUGCGUGUGGAAGAGCUAGUGACUGUGGCCACGGAGAAGCCCCCACUGGCAAGUGCCUGGCAGCAGCCAGAGUGUCAAACUUUGUGUGCUUGUUGUUGUUGUUCUGUGUGGCAUCGAUUCUUCCGUAGGAGUAAGUGGUCCCCUGGAGGAAUUCUGGGAACGUCCCGGACUGCGGGCGGUGUUGCAGUUGCCUGAAGUAGGUCGUAGUGGCCGCGUUCCGUCCCAGUUGUCGCGCCCGAACCGUGUGUUACACAAGAAAGCAAAUUUUGCAUCAUCAAAGAAAAGCGAAUCGUUUUAUGCAACGGGGUAAAAUACGGAUUGGCGAAUCAGGGAAGCCGUGAUUGACCGAGGAGAGCUUGGUGUUCUGUUGGGAAGUGUCUUUGGACGCGGGGAUUUGCAGCAAAAAGAAAAUUUCAAGAAUUGUACCAGGGAAAAAGAGCAAAUUUAGAGAUUGUCCCCCUUCGUCCUCCCCAUCUCAACAGGGGAAACGGCCAAUAGCGUCGUCGUGUGUCCCCAAGUGAAGUGGUCCCCCCUCUUGCAGGAGGAAUAAAAAGUCGGUCGAAGAAGAAACCAAAAAAAAAAAAAAAGGUCAGAGUAAAGCCAGUAAAAGUAUCCAUAAUUAAUUGCGUUUGGAAAGGAUUGAAUUUUUGACGCCAAACCGCAGCAGCAGCAUCGGUUUUUGGCCACGAUUCGACGGGGAGCUGAAAAAGCUGACUCAGGGGAGAUUCAUCUCGAGAGAAGAAACAAAAAAAAAAAGAAAGGAACCAGCAGACCGAAAACCGACGAAGCUGGUGAAAUUUAAGUGUGGCUGCCGCUGAAGAAUCUUGAUUCGGAAGGAGUGUUGUGGCAGAUUCAGCGGUCUCAGAAGCCUCUGCCUGGUGCCCUCAACGUUCGUCUCGUCACCCCCUUGAAGCCCAACCGUUCGUUCGUUAAGUCUCGCCGCAGUUCUUUCAUGAGACAAAUUGAAACAAGCAAAAAAAAAACGUGAGCAAACUCUCCAUCAACUUGUCUCGCCGCCCGUCAACCUCGAAGAACUCUCCUCCGUACAAGUCAAGUCUUGGAACUAACGAUUCCAGCAAUUACGACGGCGGUGACGACUUCAGGAACAUCAGCGUUGAGAGGACGCGGGCAGAGUGAAGUUCUCAGUGGUUGUGCCAAGUGUUACCGAAAAUUGUAUGCCUUACUAAACUAUCAAGAUGUUGCUAGCAAAUGACUACUUUAACAAGCGCAACUCCCAGCAGCGGAACCUGCGGACCACGGUGCUGACAAACUUUAUCAAAAAGAUGGCCUUCACGGGGUCGCUCCGGAAGACGCUGUUCGGGCUGCUGCUGGUGAUGGUCUUCCUCGUGAUGUUCCUGUACUGGAACGAGAACACCGGCUCGCUGAAGCCGGCUGGAUCAGCCCUCAUCUUUGCGGGAAUCUUCAACCGAGACGGGGGAGGACAGGGCGCAGGAGCAGGGGGAGGAACACUGGGUGGGAUGCCACCGCCGAAGAUAAAUCCACCGGAGAAAACGUGGACGUACCGGUGCGUCAACAAUCGCUGCGUCCGGCAGCACUACAUCGAGCAGGGCGAUUCGGAGAGCUCGUACGGUGGCAGUACCCCGGGCAAGCGGGUACCCUUCCUGACGUGCACCAUGACCUGUGGCCCGAUAAACAUCUGGCCCCAGCCCACAGCCAAGGCCACCAUCGGCAGCAAGACGUCCCGCUUCCGGCUGGCGGACCUCAACGUGCACAUCAAAGCGGCGGCCCAGCCCGUCGAGGGUCUGCUGCGGGACGCCUUCGGAGUGUUCAAGGAGGAACUGCGCGCCACCUUGGCGGCGCACGGAGCCGCGGGGGAAGACGGAGAAGCGGUGGCGGCGGCUUCGUUGGUGACCGAGAGCGGGAAGGAACCGGGCAAGGAGCCUUCCGCGGACGGGAAGAUUCACUUUUACAAACCGGUGGACGAGAACCGGUACGACGUGGACAAGUUUGACGUUCGGAUUACGGUGCUCAAGUCGCCGGACGUGUACCUGACGAUGCAGACGGACGAGAGCUACAACCUGUCGGUGACGCACACGGCCCGUAGCCUGGUGGCCAAGGUGUUCGCCAACAGCUUCUUUGGGGCGAAACACGCCCUCACGACGAUGCAGCAGCUGGUGUGGUUUGACGACGAGGAGCGCGUCCUGAAGAUACUGAACAAAGCCUUAAUCGAAGAUGUGCCAAGAUUUAACUUCCGCGGCCUUAUGCUGGACACCUCGCGGCACUACUUCUCGGUGGACGCGAUCAAGCGCACCCUGGUGGGGAUGUCCCACUCGAAGCUGAACCGGUUCCACUGGCACAUAACGGACUCGCAGAGCUUCCCGUACGUGUCGAAGCACUAUCCGCAGCUGGCACGCUACGGGGCGUACUCGGACCGGGAGAUUUACACGACGGAUGAUGUGAAGGAGGUGGUAGAGUACGCGCGGGUACGGGGCAUUCAGGUGAUUCCGGAGAUUGACGCACCGGCACACGCCGGCAACGGGUGGGACUGGGGACCGAAGCACAAUCUGGGCGAGUUGAGCUUGUGCAUUAAUCAACAACCGUGGAGUUAUUAUUGUGGGGAGCCGCCGUGCGGACAGUUGAACCCGAAGAACAACAACACGUACUUGAUCCUGCAGCGGUUGUACGAGGAGUUGCUGGAGCUUGCGGGGCCGCUGGAUUAUUUCCACCUGGGUGGGGACGAGGUCAACCUGGAGUGUUGGCAGCAGCACUUUAACGAGUCGGACAUGCGAACGCUGUGGUGUGACUUUAUGCAGCAGGCUUAUCACAGGUUACAGGUUGCGAACAAGGGGGUGGCACCGAAGCUGGCGGCUGUCUGGUCCAGCGGGCUGACCAGCUAUCCGUGUCUGUCAAAGAACACCUACGCGGUGCAGGUUUGGGGCGGUUCCAAGUGGCAGGAGAACUACCAGCUGAUCAACGCCGGAUUCAGUUUAGUGAUAUCUCACGUGGACGCGUGGUACCUGGACUGUGGAUUUGGCAGCUGGCGGUCAACGGGUGAAGGCGCCUGCUCGCCGUAUCGCAACUGGCAAACGGUGUACAAACACCGGCCCUGGGACGAGAUGAAGCUGACCUCGCUGCAGAUGCGCCAAAUCCUCGGCGGCGAGGCGUGCCUCUGGACGGAACAGGUGGACGAAUCGACGCUGGACUCGCGGCUGUGGCCCCGGUCAGCGGCCCUCGCCGAACGCCUCUGGACCGACCCGGUCGAGGAAGUGUACAGCGAAUCCGUGCCGAAGGAAACGUUCAACCGGAUGUCGGUCUUCCGGAACCACCUGGUCGAGCUGGGCCUGCGGGCGGAACCGAUCUUCCCCAAGUACUGCGCCCAGAACCAGGACGAGUGUGUAUGAUAUUUCGCGAACCCGUUCUACUAGAUUCUGGCGAGGAAUGAUUGUUGCUAGGUUUUCGUAAGGGAUGUACAUAUUUGUAGAACCGUGUAGGAUAGAAUCACACACACACACUUAAUUAAGGUUUCAGCAAGCGCGUGAGAUUAGAAGCCCCACACCGAACAUGAUAGGACCGCUAAAUCAAAUACCAAGCAAGUGAGAAUCGCCGAUGGUUGUAUACUAAAUAAGAACAAAAUGACCGAAAAAGUAGUUCAUGAAAUACAAAACAAACUUUUCAGAAGCAAAGUAUAUUUUUAAACUAUAUUUUAGAACUAUAAAACAACACUUAGUUUCAAUACAUAAACACACACACUGAACACACCUGCCUUGCCGGCGCCAGAUAUUACGCAGUCGUGACCGAAACAAAUCAAACAAGGAUAACCUAAACUAAAUAUCUCAAUCAAAUCGUCUGUACUUACUGUUCGGAGAGAACAAAUCGAUAGAUUUCUGCAUCGCUGCGCCGCAAGAGUUUAUCCAUUUUAUUUAUGCAACCACUCUUUUCGUUGCUCUCUACUUUUAAAAGAUGAUUCGGUUUCGCGUAGAAGCAGUGAUAACAAAACGAUGCAUUUGCCUUCCCUGUUUUUGUUGCAGUGACCAUCCCCUUGAAUUGUGUGUUGCUUGAUGUGCCUCUUGGCAGUGCAGAAACGGAGGAACUCCGUAUUAUUAGUAGUCACAUUGAAUUUAUGAGUAGGUUACGCGGGACACACCGACAUUUACGUUACACAUAGAAACAACAAGAAUGAAAAAUAAGUGCUUCUGAGUGGGGUCCGAUCGGCGGAGGACUAUUUGUUGAUAUUUGC